AUGGCGCCGCAGGAGGAGGUCUUGCAGGGCGUGGUCUUUUGCAAUUCGCCAGUGCCUGUGGUGAAUGGAGGCUGGUACUUUGCGGUCCAAGUGGAAACGACGCAGAACACUGAGCUGGAUGGCCUGGUGCUGGGCAUCACCACCACGCCCCCUGCUGCGCUGGCGCAGACAGCCCCCGAAGGCUUCGAGGCGGCCGAUGACGUGCCCAACUCCUGGAGCUUUGGUUACAACGGCCAGAUGCGUGUGGAUGAGGUGGACGAUCCAAUUCCCAUCAGCUGGAAUCCCAAGGACCUGCAGAACGGGGAUGUCGUGGGCCUUUUCAUCAGUGCCGAUGGCGAAGGACAGGCAGCUGCAGGUCGAGCUGGCGGGUAA